CAGACGGCAACGGUGGAACCGGAUAUGUAACCAGUAUCCGUUCCUAGUUACCAUAACCACAAAAAUGGCGCUGAAUACUGUGGUGAAGGUUCAUCCUGUUGUUCUUUUCCAAAUUGUUGAUGCAUAUGAAAGAAGAAAUGCAGACGCCCAUAGAGUUAUAGGCACUCUGUUAGGCACAGCAGACAAAGGCACUGUCGAAGUUACGAACUGUUUUUGUGUGCCACAUAAGGAAUAUGAAGAUCAGGUGGAGGCGGAACUUAAUUAUGCCAUGGACCUUUUUGAUCUGAAUCGCCGUGUAAAUCCUCAAGAAAACGUUGUUGGUUGGUGGGCGACAGGAAAUGAAGUAACAAGCCAUUCGUCUGUUAUACAUGAAUACUAUGCACGUGAAUGCAACAAUCCCGUUCAUUUGACCCUGGAUACAACAUUACAGGAUGUCAGAAUGGCAAUAAAAGCGUACUUAAAUGUUCCCAUUGGUGUCCCAAGGCGCAAAUGUGGCUGCAUGUUUACACCUGUUGCAGUUGAAAUACUUUGUUAUGAACCUGAAGUUGUUGGAGUUCAGUUGUGCCAGAAGACGGUCAUGUCUGCAGUCUUAGCUGCCGGAGGUCGGAAGUCUGCACUAAAACAAGCGCCUCUGGUGGAACCCAUGCCAGAUCUGGCCCAAGUGGCAGAUGCUGCUGCCAAGCUGACUGAACUGCUUGAUAAGGUUCUCGCCUAUGUGGAAGAUGUGUUGCGUGGGGCUCAGCCUGGCAGUCGUCCACCGGAUAACGCCAUUGGCCGUGCACUUCUGGAUAUGGUCAACUCCGUUCCUCGAAUGACACCUGAAGAGUUUGAAGAAAUGUUCCAUUCCAAUAUCAAGGAUUUGUUAAUGGUGAUAACAUUAGCACAGUUAACGAAGACGCAGCUGCAGCUGAAUGAGAAGCUGACUCUCAUAACGACACUAUGAUGAUAACCAUCCUGGCUGGAGUAAUAUAUUUCCUAGCCAGCAGACUAGUUCCUGUUUCUCGCGAAGAGCAGGGACCCGAUUGUAACGAACAUGAAUCAUCAGUUGCCACGUAAACAUAAUCAGUGUAAAUAAUCUGCCUUCCAAUCUUCAAAUGAGCUCAUGUGUUGAGUUCACAAAAAUAGUGUCUUCAGUGGAAGAAAUCAUAUGUUUUUGUAUAUUUUGUGAUUUUAUGUAAUAAACUGGAUCUUUGGAAAAGCAAAGUUUUUUGUGGAAGAAUUAACUUACUAAUAAAUUAAUUGGCAUACUGUUGUAAAGAUUUUGUUACAUUCUUAUCUUAACUGCUCUCCUACAUUCCUCUCCAGAAGGAAAGUGUAUGAUAAAAAAUAACUGUUUGUGAUACUGCUUUACUUGAAAAGUAGUUUCUUAAAUUGUAAUAUUUGAUAUGAAAUGAAUUUUCCACUUUGUAUGAAUUCUAUAACUAAUGAGUUACCGGCCAUCAACAAAGUUACACUAACAGCAUUAGUACUUUACAUAUAUAACUAAAGUAACAUUAGUUUGAGGUAGUGAAAGAAAGAUUUACUGGUAAUUGCUGUAAAAGAUUACACACACAUACACAAAAGCUUCAGAAGCAUAAAGUUUACUUGAAUACUUCUAUUUUUUCCAUCUAUUAAUAUGUGUAUGUGAGUUAAAUGUUGUACAUUGAGCAUUAUUAUUUACUGGUGUAUCCAUGAAGUACAGAUACCAAAUUAUGAUGGUGUUGCCUAAAUGUAUGCUGUUCUACAUUGUUGUAUACAGUUUUCUUCUUCACUUUAUUAAUACAUGCAACUUUUCCCAUCCUUAAGAAUUACACAUCUUGCAGAAUUGUUGUAUGUGAAACAAGUAAUCAAUAUUAUAUUUUUACUUGUUUAAGAAUGAAUAAACUGUACAUAGAAAAUUAUA